CGUGCACUGUGUCUCUACUUUGUUUUCUGUGCGUUGGGAGUCGUAUUACCUGCACUCGAGAAUUCAAGAAGGGGUGGCCUGCAGUCAAACAAGAAAGAAAAGUUUUUCCACCGUUUUUAGUAAAUGGAUAAUGAAUCUAUUUAUGUUGUCUUCUUAACAUUUGCUCACCGAGUGGAUUCCAAAUCACGAAGUUACCAUCAGCCAUGCUAUAAUACAGUACACUGAAAAGAUCAUCUCAUUGAUAUGCUGAUGGCCGACGUCCUUCCUUGUGCACUACUGGAAGGCUGUGUUGUAACUGGUGCUUCAACCGAAAAUCUCAAGGAGGCUGUCCAGGCAUACCAAGGAAAUCAUAGCAAUUUGCAAUUUCUUGAUCCCGAGGUGCUGCAAGUCCAUGUUCCACCUUUUGUGACAAAAGAUGAUCCUGUGUCAGGGUCCCAUGGUCAUAAUACUUUUGAGAGAAACCAAAGGCGUCGCUCCUAUAUUAAAAAAAAGAAGGAAAAACUUGGAACAUCUGUAGAGGGGAAUGUGGAAAAUAAGGAAGCUAUUGCUGAAGAUAUCAGUGUUCCAAAAGACAUAGAUCUUAUUGCAUUACCUCAGCUUUGCUUUCCAGGUGGACUGCAAGUAUCAAGUAUAGAGAAAGAAGACUGUUUUCAUUUCCUGGUUUUUACAGAUGUUUUUGGCAACAGGUCUCAUGGAGUUGUCGUUCAGUACUACAAGCAAGUGCAGGUUUUGCAAGAUGGAAGUAGUUACCAAAAUGGACAACCACAUCGGGCCUUGUCAAGACUUUCAAAGUUAUACGCACCCUAUGCAAUAUGUCUCAUAUCUAAAUAUGCAUACUACAAUGCACUCAAGGAUUGUCUUUCAUGUUUAAGGCUCCAGCUGAAAUCAUGCAGAGACAGUGAUAUUGAAGACAGGAUAAAAGAAUUUGCAGCAAAACUUACUUUAGUACCCACCCCCCCACCAGGGCACCUGCACUUGGUGUUCAACAUGAAACCUCUGCAGAUAGUACUUCCUUCACAAGAAGAUGUCGAUGGCCCAGUGGUUGACAUAGACCUCCAUUUCCCUUUUUUAUGUUUCAAACCAAAGCAAGUUCUUAAGAUUAUAACUUGCAUUUUAAUGGAGCAAAGAAUAGUUUUUUUCUCCAGUGACUGGGCACUGUUAACGCUGAUUGCAGAAUGCUUUAUGUUGUAUAUCCAUCCCCUUCAAUGGCAGCAUACAUUUGUGCCCAUCCUUUCCAGACAGAUGUUGGACUUUGUAAUGGCACCUACAUCUUUUCUCAUGGGCUGUCACAUUGACCAUUAUGAAGAAGUUGCAACGGAAACAGAUGACAUAGUUUUAAUAAACAUUGAUAGGGGCACAAUAAGCACUUCAUUUCCACCAAAAUUAUGGAUUCCUGAUGUACCUGCACAAACUUCUGAAUGUUUUUUAUUCAGGGUCAGAGGACUUCAAAUGCACUAUGAUUUAGAACUUUCUCAUCUUGGGGCCAGUACAGAUCUAAAUCAUUUACGAAGCCAAAGAAGACAGUGGCAGCAAACCCUGAACUUAGAAAUCCAGCAAGUUACCUUAGAGCUAAUAGUCAAUAUAUUCCGUGAAGUCAAUAAUCACCUGAAUUUUGAACACAGAGUCUUUAACAGUGAAGAAUUUCUGAAAACAAGGGAUAGUUUGGACCAACCAUUCUAUAAAAAGAUUUUGGAGACGCAUAUAUUUCAUUCAUUUUUAAAAGCAAGGCUUAACAGAAAAAUGGAUUCAUAUACUCGGAUGGAAAUAAAUACUCGAUCAGAAACACACAGAAUGAGAGCAAGUCUGGAUAUUCCAAUAAGGCCAACCAUUCAGGAAAUGGCAAGAAAACACAGCAGAUCUGAAAAUGGCUUAAGUAACCGUUUGGGAAUGAGUAUGCCAAAUUUGUCAUAUGAGAAGGCACCGGAGGGACCCAUCCGACAGAAUUCAUUAAAAAAACAUGAUUUGGAAAUUGGAAAUGUGAAAAUUGUGCGGAAGUCUACGAAACUAUUUAAGCUCCCAGAAUUUCCCCCACCAUUAGUUUAUUAUUGCAUCCAGAACUACUAUAAUGAAUUGAUCAGUCUUUUGUCAAAGGCCAUACUGUCUGUUUCACCUGAAGAUUCUGCACUUCUUGCCAGAUACUACUACCUCAGAGGACUAAUGAAUACAAUGAUAGGUAAACGUCUAGAUGCUUUGGCUGAUUUUCAAAAUUUGUACAAAACUGACAUUGGGAUUUUCCCUAAUGAGCUGUUAAAGAAAUUGGUGGAUUCUCUGGUACAAGAUGAGAGGUGUCAGGUAGAGAAGAGACCAGAGCUAAAACGUUUAAUAAGUAAACUCAAAAAGGAGAAUGAAGGAGACCGGAGAAAAUGUGAUGAUCAUGUCAAAACAUUUGAGCUCCCUAAGAAGCACAUGCAAUUGGAAGAUUUUGUGAAAAGUAUACAAGAGUCUGGGAUUGUAAAGGAUAAUGGAACAAUUCAUCGACUGUUUGAUGCUCUUACUGUGGAAACGUUUAAGAGCUGGCAGUCUCUGGGCGCAUCAAUGAAGGUGCCACAUUCACAGUCUGUGUUUUACGUUGAUUUUCUGCUGGAUGGGCAACAGAAGCAGAUUGACCCAGAGACAUUUAAGACAUUUUAUACAUUUUGGAAAGAAUCAGAAGCAGAAGCUCAAGAUGUCCAUCUUCCAGUAGACGUGAUUGAUCACUUGGAUAAUAAUGAGUGUGUCUAUAAGCUUUCUUGUUCUGUGAAGACAAGUUAUGGUGUUGGAAAAAUAGCGAUGACACAGAAACGUUUGUUUUUACUAACCGAGGGAAGGCCUGGUUAUAUUGAAAUUACAAAAUUCAGAGAUAUAGAGGAACUAAAAAUUUCCUCUGCAACUUUUCUGUUGCUACGAAUCCCUUCCCUUAAAAUAAAAACAACUUUAAGAAAAGAAACAUUUGAGGCCAACCUGAAGUCAGAAUGUGAUCUUUGGCAUCUGAUGGUGAAAGAAAUGUGGGCUGGGAGGAAAAUGGCUGAUGAACACAAGGAUCCUCAGUAUAUGCAGCAAGCCUUGACAAAUGCCCUGCUUAUGGAUGCAGUAGUUGGUUGUCUGCAGUCUCAGAAGGCCAUUUAUGCUGCCUCUAAGCUAGCGUACUUUGACAGAAUGAAACUUGAAGUUCCAAUGAUGGUGCCUAAAACCACUUCUGAAAUGCUAAAACACAAGAUCAACCCCUCUGCCAAUCUGACAUCUCCUCUGGCGGUAGAUGUGUUGCUGUACACACCAGGUCAUCUGAACAUGUGUGAAGCAGAGGAAGAUUCCAGUCCGAAGUUAUGGUGUGCACUAGAUGAUGGGAAGGUUGUGGUGUUUGAUGCUGCUAGCUGGUCUCUACAGCCAAACUGUAUUCAAGUGGGAUCUCAGAGACUGAACUGCAUGCUGGGGCUGGAGCCGAGUCAAGUUUGGAUCGGCUCAAAGGAUUCCACAGUUUACAUUGUAAGCACAAGAAGCAUGUCGUGCAACAAGCAGCUCACAGACCAUCGCAGUGAGGUCACCGAUAUCGUAUUAGAAAAAAGUGACAAGUUCAGCCAGGCACAGGCAUACUCGUCCAGCAUGGAUGGUACCGUGAUCAUGUGGGAUAUAUACACACUUAAAGUGAAAAAUCGCUUUCAUUUGGAUUGUCGUGGGCUCACUGCGCUUAAACUGUUCAAUGGUACAUUAUGGUGCUGUGGUGUUGACAGUAUCUUGGAACUAAGAAAAAAUGGCUUAGUGAACCGCCGACUACAACACCUGGAUGACGCCAGAGAGACUCCUUUGUUUUUCAAUUGCUUUGAACUGUUCAUAGAGAGGGAUCAGCUGUGGACUACGUCACUAGACUCGGCUGAAGUUUGUAUCUGGCAUAUUAAAGAUCUGUCAAGACCAUUUCAUAAAAUUCAACUGCAGGAUUGCUUUGGAGUCAAUUGUAUGAUAAAAGUAAAAAAUCAGGUCUGGAUUGGCAGUAGGGGGAUAUCUCAAGGAAAAUCCAAAGGGAAGAUCUACGUGGUGGACGUAGUGAAGUACAGUGUGGAGAAGGAGCUGGUGGCGCAUACAGACGUCGUGCAGGCAUUGUGUUCUGCCGAGGAUCGUUAUGUGCUCAGUGGCUCUUCUAGCGAAGAUGGCAAAAUUGCCAUCUGGAAAGUUGAAUAGUGACAUAUAACUUGUAUAUUAUAAAUUAUUUUUGUAACAUGUAACAUUAAGAUGUUUCAUACAUUUUAAAAGGGUUGAACAGAAAAAAAAAAUACUAGUGUAAUAUUUAUAGAAUUUUGGAGAAGAUGACGUUGUUGAGCGUUCAAGAGAUCCCUUUGACUUGCGACGUUCGCGUCUAAUUUUUAAUGUCCAUUUCUGUUUUUAAUAUCUGCCAUGUGUAAGUGCUGGUGUUUUCCUUUAGCAUAUACGCACUACAGAAGACUCUCUAAGAUAUUCAGACAUGAGAGGUCUUUUUUGCCAUUUUUGCACAGCAUUACUGUAUGUUCAUCUUUUAUACUUUUAUGAAGAAGUCAUUUGCAGACAGUGUUUGUGUUCAGUGGAUCUUUGGAGUGCUGCAUUAUCCACCCUUGUAUUGCUGAAAAUUCCUGUGACUUUUGAAAGAUUAUGGAACAGCAGGUGGACAGUCACUGCAGCCAUGCUUACCUGAUAGAAGUGGGCUGAAUGUUCUUUUCCUACAAGCCAUUAAAGCCAGUGUUAACUUA